GCCUUUACACGCUGUGUCCUUCAAAAGUGAAAGCGAAUGUAAAAUUUUUUUCCCGACAAAGAUCAAUCCUACGCUCGGGACUUCAUCCAGUAUACUGAAUUUUCUCCUGAUCUAACUUACUGUUCGCCCUGGAAUUACGAUAAAAUGGGUUUGCUGAAAAUGCGUGCGUUCAUCGUGGCUUUCCUCAGCGCAUCGUUGUGUGAUGCUGCGCCUGUUUCUGAUGUUAUUGCGGUUUUGGUCGGGUCUCCUGUCUCGGUGCACCGCGGCCAGACAACCACAAUACCCUGUUGGCUCAACCCACCACGGACUGCAGAGGAUCUGGAAGUACGUUGGUACCGCCAAAAUCGUUUUGAUAACCCGGUCAUGCUUUACCGGGCCGGGGCUUUUGAGUAUGCAUCCCAGGAUGCUUCGUACGUGGGCCGAGUCUUGUUUGGCAAUAAGGACGCAGCGUCUGGCGGGUUGAAGUCGGGUGAUGUGAGCCUGGCGCUGAUCAAUGCCACACUUGACGAUGCUGGAGACUACACUUGUUACGUGAGCAGUGAUCAGGGUUAUGACAGCGCAAGUGUCAGUCUCACAGUGUCAGAAACCGGAACCCCUCUGCUUCUGUCAGCAGUGUGGAGAGAAGAUAAUAAAGUGAAUGUGAGCUGUGAGUCUGCAGGCUGGUAUCCAGAGCCCAGUCUGCAGUGGAUGAAUCAAAACCAGGUUGUGACUCCAGAAAGACUGCAAUACAGCACUGACUCCUCUGGCCUUGUGUCAGUCCACAGCUGGCUUCUUAUCUCCAACUCCUCUGAGGUUUCCUGUUCGGUUGGUCUCUCUGGUAAAGAAGCAAAGAUGUCAAGAGUUCGCCUGGGUAGUCCUCCUAAACUUGUUGAACAGGAGUGUGGAUCCUCUGCAGCUGUAUUGGCGACUUUGAUUCUACUCCUCAUAGCCAUGGUAGUUGUCAUUGGAGUGCUGUCCUUUAAAUACAGAGUGCAGAAAACCAAAUUAGGACGUAACCACGAUGGGGACAAUAAAGAUGAAACUGACGCCCCAGAGAAACAGAAACUUUUAUUAACAGAGAAGACUGCAGAACCAGAAGAAGAGACAGAACCAACAACGUUUUCAGAAGCCAGGAAGCACUAUGUAAAUGUUACACUUGACCAGACAGGAAAUCAAUUUCUCACAAUCAAGGACUGUAAAGUGAGAGACAGCAAUAAUCCUCCUGAUGGAAAGAAGGUUACCUGUCUCACAGCUAUAAAAGGAAAACCUGGCUUCUCUUCUGGACAGCACUACUGGGAGGUUUCUCUGUGGACAAAUAAUGUAGGCAUCAAACAGUCCUGGUGGAUUGGAGUUACCAGUAAUACUGACGUCCCUCAUGAGUCAGAUUUGUUUCCAACUGCAUCUAAUGGUUUCUGGUUUCUGUCCUCUUCCCCUGACAGACCAGAUAGCUUUCACCUUAGCACAGAACCUAAAGUUCUGCUGCCUGUCCGUUCCAGGCCACGGACGAUCGGUGUGUAUUUGAAUUAUGACGACUCAGAGCUUUCUUUCUAUGACGCGGAGUCUCAGAGUCUUAUCGGCAGUUUAAAAGUUGAGUUCACAGGUGACGUUUUUCCAUUUUUCAAUCCUGGUAAAGGUGACACAGGACCUAUGGAGAUUUUACAGCACAGGAAAGAAGAGGGUUAGUCUAGUGACAUGGGGGGCUCUGUACAUUUAACAGCACAAGACAUUUAAGAUCAUCUGUAGGGUCGCAAUAUUAUCAGAUUUUCAUGUUUUUCAUGUUGUCAAAUAUUGUGGUAUGUGCUCACCUAAAAAGUGGAAUGUUCUUUUUUAUAGUAAUACUGUACAGAAAAGAGGAUACAAAAAACUGAACUGGACCAAGUUGAGAUACUUUAUGUUUUUAUUCAUUUUGUAUAUAUUAUAUUUAUUUAUUAUUCAUUCAAGAGAAUCUGGUAACUGAACACAGCACAACUGUAGAUAAGUCACAUUAAAGUCAAGUUGAAAUGCUGAUAUAGAUCAAACUGCAGAGAUAUUCUGUUUGGGAAAGACAAAAUGUACGCGUGUGUAAAAAUGUGGCAGCUCGGUCGUCAUUUUUGAGAUUGUAGAAGUAGUUUGGAGUGCCGUUAAUAAAUACGCAGUUAAAUUAGUUUUAUUUAGGGAAAUACUCUUUUUCAAGUUCUAGCUGAGAGUUAGAUUGAUGCCACUCGCACAUCUGUGUGAUAAGUAUUUCAAAGUGUCUGUAAGUUGGGCGUCUCGAUCAAACAUUGUUUAAUACAAUUGUAAAAUUUCUUGUUCGACCUUUGUUUCAUUUCCUUUGUGCUUAUCUGCGUGAUUGUUGGCCUUUAUUGACAAUUCAAUGCUCCUCUGUCAAUGGCAAACUGCAUGUCACUGUAAUUCUCCUGACUUUUGUCAUAUAAUAGUAACAGUUCGCCACCGACUGAUCCACAUUUCCGUUGCUAUUACAAAGUGUUUCAGUGAGGUUUCGUGAAAUUGUUUUCUAUGUGAAACCAUUUUUCAUUUAUGUGCUACUAUACAUUGGACCAUGUGUAAAUAUGUAUUAUGACAUGUAUACUCACUCCAUUCAUACAGCUUACCAAGUUAUAUUUGCACGUGCUCACCUAAUGGCUUUGCUUUGAACAAGUUUAUAAAUUUUUGAACCACUGUAAUUUACAUUCUUAUCUCCCUGCUAGGAAAUAGGACACCUCCUCAUCUUACAUAGCUGCUAAGGUGAGCCGCACCUUCAUAUGUUAAGUAUUAACAGAGGUGCUCAUUGGGUUCCAGACUGCUGCUGCUGUCAGACUGUCAGACUCAAACAAGCCGAUGCAACCUUUAAUCUUACUGGUUUUGCAUAAGGUACUGUAAGUGGACUUGAGCCCGCUUAGGACACUCCAGGUGUCUUCAGCUCUUUUUUGUUCCAUGUGAAAUUUAGAAUUGAAUUUCCGUUGUUUUAAUUAGUGUGUACUUUCUAUUGUUGUACUACUCCUAUACUCUUUUGUGUAGGUGUUGAAAUGAAUAAGCUUUUUGAAUAAACUCCAUUUGGAAUCCUG